UGGCUUCUGUUGUUGGUGCUUCGAAGGGUGCAGCGUGUGGAUGUAUGAAGCUUACGGCCAUGGUGGAGUUCCGAAAUUGGAGGGCAUUGGCACUGUUUGCAAGGGAUGGAGUAAGAAUCGCUCCAAGUGUUGGCACACACAUUGCGCACUGCGUUGGCGCCACACGGCUAUUGGCAUUCCGGUCGCGUUCGUCGCAUUUCCGGGAGGAAGUGAAAGUUACCGGCGAGUGCUGGCUGCUGGUGAAUGCGAGAGAACUUGGUUGCGUGAUCGGGUGGUGAUAGAGGGGAAGAAUCGUUGGGCCUAGAUGGAGUCAAACGCAACCUGGUUGGAGAGUCUUUUGGCAUGAUUGGCAGGAAAAGUGGGGGACGAUGAAGUGUACAUUGUAUUUGUUUCGUGUCUAGCGAUUGUAGUGCGAUCGUACGUUGGUAUUUGUGUAGGUGGUACUUAUCGUGUGAGAGAGUGGGAGUACAUUAUAGACGAGGUCGGAGUGAUUUACUCAAGCGCUGCAGUGGAUACCUCCAGGUUGGAUGCGUGUUGGCUGGACAUGGAGAGGGGGGACGAAUAACUACAUUUUCUCCGCUGCUGUUCCUGCUGCUUCUGUGCGCCUUGUCUUGCCGAGAGCUUCGUAUGGUUGUCUGUUUACAUGGUGGCGGGCCGAGUGACAUUAGGAAGGUGAGGUGCAGUGUGGUCAGGAAAGAGGUCGAGUGCACAGAGCAGAGACAGAACAGCGCACUGUCUGAGUAGGAGGUAAAAUUACGUUAUCAUGUGUUGCAUGGAUUUUUUCCGCGGGAAUUGGUAUCGCACGGAUACGUUCUCAGUUUCGGCUCCCCCGGUAUCUGUUAAGCUCGGUAGCUGAAUACUAAGACGAGUUUUCCCUACACAAGGAAAGGCACACAUUCAGAGAAAUCAAGAUUAGUGAUUUUGUGGUGACGUGGAAGGCCUGCUUUGCAAAGACUUGCUUCCGCGGUCUCUGGGUUCUGUCCAGCGUGGGUGCUGGUUUAAGUUAUAGCCGAAUAAAUCACUGCUAUCUUGAUAUUGUGACAUUCGGCGGAUUCUAGCCUGACAUUGUUAACUGAGGCGCUGUGCUCUUGCACUCCUUCUUAGCACGUUCUUUCAUCAGCUGAGCCUCGUCUGUGGCGCUGAAGCUACAGGCGUUGGAAUUUUUGAUUUAUUCGAGCAAAUGCGAGGCGAUUGAGCGUUUCUUUUUGUGAAAAUGCAGUAUUGAGCAGUCAAGUCCGAAGAGGGGUUGCAAACUAUUCAGGUCGUAUCACACAAAAUAAAGUCUCAAUAGUACUUCCUGCUAUCUAGUGAAGAAGGAAGGUGGUUACCUGGAAUGUAUUUUGACUCUCCAACAAAGAUAUUGCAGAGUCCCUUGCUUAAAAUGCCUCCCUCAACUAUGCAUGAUAACUAUCCUUCAACUCCUGGAAAGGUGAAGGUUGAAAGAAGUAAUUAUUUUGGGCGAGUAGCAUCGAGAUGGCACACAACAGCAUCAACAAGACUCCUGGCAUGCACCGCUGUCCUACUUACUUUGACUCUCUUCGUGUUCUACAGAAUGAGUGGCACGUCCGGAGGAGCUAUUGACGGUGGUAUUGUUGGUCGUUCGGUGGCUGCCUUCAAGCCAACUCAUCAGUGGGAGCUCAAAGUGCGACAGUCAUGCUUGCCCAAGAGAUCAGAAGAAGAAGCCAUGGUGGUACUAGUCACUGGUGCGGCAGGAUUUGUCGGUACUCAUGUGUCCUUGGCACUCAAGAAAAGGGGAGAUGGAGUGGUUGGUCUAGAUAAUUUCAAUGAUUACUAUGAGACUUCCUUGAAGCGUGCCAGGCAAGACUUGCUUGAAAAGCACGGUGUCUUUGUUGUUGAGGGCGACAUCAACGACGAGACUUUGCUGAAGGCCCUUUUCGAAUUAGGUCAAUUCACUCAUGUUAUGCACCUUGCUGCCCAGGCAGGGGUACGCUAUGCCAUGCAGAAUCCAGGGUCAUAUGUACAUAGCAACAUCGCUGGCCUUGUGAAUCUGUUUGAGAUCUGUAAAGCUGCUAACCCUCAGCCAGCAAUAGUGUGGGCCUCUUCGAGCUCUGUGUACGGCUUAAAUAACAAGGUGCCUUUUUCUGAAAGUGACCGGACCGACCAACCUGCUAGCCUUUAUGCAGCAACCAAGAAGGCUGGUGAAGAAAUUGCUCAUACUUACAAUCACAUUUACGGUCUAUCAAUAACUGGACUCCGUUUCUUCACGGUAUAUGGACCAUGGGGAAGACCAGACAUGGCUUAUUUCUCUUUCACACGGGACAUUUUACGGGGAAAGGCUAUUAACAUUUAUACAGGUAAUGGUGGAAAAGAUCUAGCACGUGACUUUACAUAUAUAGAUGACAUUGUUAAGGGCUGUGUGGGAGCUCUGGACACGGCUGAGAAAAGCACUGGCAGCGGUGGUAAGAAGACUGGCCCAGCGCAACUGCGUGUUUUCAACCUGGGCAAUACCUCUCCUGUUACGGUGCCUACCUUGGUUGACAUCCUAGAGAAGUACUUGAAGCAGAAGGCGAAGAGAAAUAUCAUUAAGAUGCCUCGGAAUGGAGAUGUUCCUUUUACACACGCGAACAUUUCAUAUGCGCAAAGCCAGUUUAACUACCAUCCAACGACAAAUUUGGACACAGGCCUUAAAAAGUUCGUGAAGUGGUAUUUGAGCUACUAUGGAGUUGGAACGGACCAUAAGUUGUGGUUGGGGGAUCAUGAGCAGAUAGUAUAAAUCUUCAUCCAUUUCUUACCUGGCAUUGUAGAUUUUGUCUGAUCGAAGUUUGAAGCUGGGAGUAGAGAUGCCAAAGCAACACUGUCUAUUAUGUCCGUCUCUUGAACACACAAUUUGGCUCUUAUCGGUGUUGUAACCCGUAGGAGAGUUGUAAACCCAUUCGUUCCGACCUGCAGAAAUUUCGGAGUCUGUUGUUUUCUGUUGGCGUAAGAUUUUGCUGUUCGUCAGUACAGUCCCAACUGGACUGCAUGUUCUUGGGGAGGCUUGUAUAGGGAGGUCUUACAUGCGCCCUUAAACUGUAAAAGAGAACUCCUGAUGAGUGGGGGCGGUUUUAAAUGCCCACUACUCUUUUGACCCAUGUUAUAUAAUGUAUCUUUUUUACAUUAUCUUGCCAAUUGAAGGCACCGCUCAAUUUAUCCUUAA